ACGUCUUGAAUGAAGGUUUUCAACUCUACUUGUUUCAGGAUUCGACGCGUCUUCAUUCUAGGGUUAUAUUGAGACAUUGCAGUCCCUCCCACGCUCUUGGCCGCCACACUUGUUAAUUUUAUCCCCGUGCCCAAUUUUGUAGCCAGCCCUCCUGGAUCUCGCGGCCAAUCAGGAGCCCACACAUUGUUGCCUAAGAGACCCCGGAUGCCAGCGACGGGAUUUAUAGACGGUGAUUGGGCUGCUGGAAGCUGGGAGGGGUGAGGGACUGGAGGGAGUCGGAGAAAAAGCUGACCUAAUGAAACUGUGGCAACGUCAGCGCUUGAGGCUUGAAGAGGGAGACAAGCUAAAAGAGGUGUUGUUUUUCUUAUGGAAGGAUAUCCAGUUGUUUCAUGAUGGCAUUUGCACCUCCAAAAAGCACAGAUGGUCCCAAAAUGCAGACAAAGAUGAGCACCUGGACACCCCUAAACCAUCAGCUAUUGAAUGACCGGGUAUUUGAAGAAAGAAGAGCCCUGCUUGGCAAAUGGUUUGACAAAUGGACAGACUCUCAAAGAAGAAGAAUCCUCACAGGCCUGUUGGAGCGCUGCUCGCUGUCCCAGCAAAAGUUCUGCUGUCGAAAGCUUCAAGAGAAAAUUCCAGCAGAAGCCCUGGACUUUACGACCAAGCUUCCAAGGGUGUUAUCUUUAUAUAUCUUUUCUUUCCUGGACCCCCGGAGCCUUUGUCGUUGUGCACAGGUGUGCUGGCAUUGGAAGAACCUUGCUGAGCUGGACCAGCUCUGGAUGCUGAAAUGUUUACGGUUUAACUGGUACAUCAAUUUCUCUCCAACUCCCUUUGAGCAGGGGAUCUGGAAGAAGCACUAUAUUCAAAUGGUGAAAGAACUUCAUAUUACCAAGCCUAAGACACCCCCAAAGAAUGGAUUUGUAAUCGCUGACGUUCAACUAGUUACAAGCAAUUCUCCAGAGGAAAAACAGUCCCCUUUAUCAGCUUUUCGGUCCUCUUCCUCUUUAAGAAAGAAGAAUAACUCAGGGGAGAAAGCACUUCCACCCUGGCGAUCUUCUGAUAAGCACCCAACAGAUAUCAUUCGUUUUAAUUACCUAGACAACUGUGACCCCAUGGAGACUGUCUGGCAAGGAAGAAGAAAAAGAAACCAAAUGACCCCAGAUUUCAGCCGACAGUCACAUGAUAAGAAAAAUAAAUUGCAGGACAGAACUAGGCUAAGAAAAGCACAAUCAAUGAUGUCCCUAAGUGCCAGCUCUCCCCUAAAAGUUCCAGCUCAUCUCGCCUGGCCUCCCCCUGAGUCAGUGGGACUCCCAGCCACUGCCACCACAGCUGAAAUUCUCAUGCAGCAUCUUCACAGGCACCCUGGGCCCCAAGCAUGACUCAUCCAGGUUCCAGAGCCAAAGUGGACUGAACAUGGAAAGACUUUUAUUAUAGAAAUGACAAGAUGCUUUGCACGGUGGAGAGCUGAAUUUACUUGGCUCCCAUUAGAAACUCUUUCAGCUUAAGUACUUAUUGUGGUAGUGAGUCCUACGGUAUUUCAGUAAAAAGGAAUUCAUGGCAUAAAUGUGGACAGAUUUACAGAUGUAGAAACAUGAUGAUAGAUAUCAUGAGGUUGGUGAUGGGACAUAUGAUGGCACCAUUGGUAAUAUUGGGUGGGUGAGGCAGGUCCCAGAAGGCUACAGGCUCACUCCCAAGGCUGCAUGAGCAGUUGAAUGGAGGGGCUGUUUACUGUGGUAUCUUAGUUUGCUAGGGCUGCACCACAGACCGGGAACCUUCGACAACAGAAAUUUAUUUCCUUGCAGUUCUGGAAGCUAGACGUCCAAGAUCUGGCAGGGUUGGUUUCUUCUGAGGCCUCUCUCUGGGCUUGUAGAUGCCGUCUUCUCCCUGCAUUCUCAUGUGGUCAUCCCUCUGUAUGUGUCUGUUUCUUAAUUUUUCCUUCUCCUUCUUUAUUUUUUUUAUUUUUUUUUCUUUUUUGAGAUGGAGUUUUGCUCUUUUUGCCCAGGCUGGAGUGUAAUGGCACAACUUCGGCUCACUGCAACCUCCGCCUCCGGGUUCAAGCAAUUCUCCCACCUCAGCCUCUGGAGUAGCUGGGAUUACAGGCACCUGCCACGACACCCAGCUAAUUUUUUGU